AUGGAUAAGAAAUCAUUUGAAACCGUACUGGAUGAAAUUAGAAAGGCUGUACUGACUGAGUACAAAUUAAAAGCUAUUGAAUAUGUUCAUGGAUACUUUUCUAGCGAACAGGUUGUUGAGUUACUGAGAUACUUUUCCUGGGCUGAACCACAGCUCAAGGCAAUAAAGGCUUUACAACAUAAAAUAGUGGCAGUUCCAGCAUCAAAAAUGGUUAAUAUUCUCAACUGCUUCACAUUCAGUAAAGAUAAACUUAUUGCCCUUGAAAUCUUAGCUUCCAACAUCGUUGAUGCUCAGAAUUAUCGUCUUAUUGAAGAUCUGUUCAGAAUUAAUAUGUCAGAGAAGAAAAGAUGCAGAAGAAUUCUUGAACAGGCUUCAAAAACAGGUUGUAAGGCUCCUCAUGCUAUGAUAUCAUCCUGUGGCAUGAUUCCUGGCAACCCUUAUCCCAAAGGCAAACCAAGCCGCAUAAAUGGAAUUUUCCCAGGAACUCCUAUCAAAAAGGACACAGAAGAAUGUACUAAUGAAGGAAAGGGAAUAGCAGCCCGUAUCCUUGGACCAUCCAAACCAGCUCCAUCAACCUACAAUCCACACAAACCAGUUCCAUACCCCAUCCCACCAUGUCGGCCACAUGCAACUAUUGCACCAAGUGCUUACAACAAUGCUGGCUUAGUUCCAAUGGCUAAUGUCAUAGCUCCAGGCUUAGCAGCUCCACAGCCAUACACUACUAAUCAAGUAGUAUCAGAAAAUGAGGACCUUUCCAGCCAGGCAAAACCUUCUCAAAAUCAAGCUUUUUCUGCACAAGCGAAUCAGCUCUUUACUCCUCAUGGUUCUAAUCCUUCAACACCUGCUGCUACUCCAGUCCCUACCCCAUCACCUGUCAAGGCAAUAAGCCAUCCAUUAGCACCUGCCACUCCACUCAUCUCUGGGAUGAACGUGUCUACCCCUGUCCUUCCUGUUUUCCCAGGACAGGUCUCCUCUUCCAGCCAUACAUCUCAGCCAUCCACCCCAACCCCUACUGUCAUCAAAUCCCUUUCAUUGCCUGGUGUUCCUGUCACAUCUGUUCACAGUGCAACCUCUACCCCUAUCCCUGCAGUUUUUUCUGGGCUGGCCUCUGCUACUCCAGCUCCGCAAGGUUCUUCCACACCAUGUGCCACACCUGCACCUAGUGAAGCUUUCACAUCUGCUACUGCACCAUUUGCUGGCCUCCCGUUCUCUGCAGCCUCUUCAAUUGCUUCUGCUAAUAAUCCCACUCCAUUGUCAUCAGUUUUUGCUGGCCUCCCUUUGUCCUUACCUCCCAAUGCCCAAGGGAUUUCUAGUCCUGUUCCAUCUACAAUUGCUAAUUCUCCUGCCACUGCCAUUCCUGGUUCACUUAGCUUGCCUAACCCAAUUUUGUCUGUCUUAAAAGGAUUUCUGACAUCAAAUGACACUUCAUUAAUCAAUUCAUCUGCUUUACCUUCUGCUAUGACAAGUGAGCUUGCUUCUUUAUCUGCUCUUGCUAAUCAAAGCUCUGACCCUCCCACUUCCUCUAUCAACAAAUGUUAUACUCCAUCAGCCACCCCCACCCCACAGCGUUCCUCCACUCCUGGGCUGGCCAUUUUUCCAGGUCUUCCAUCCCCAUCUGUGGCCAAUUCUAGUUCCACUCCUCCAACAUUGCCUGCACAGUCACCUUUAACCACUUCACCAUCUAUUAUGCCAGUCAACUGUGGCUCAUCGGCCUCCCUCUUGCAUGGCACAAGCCCUACUAACCCUGAUCAGCAGCUGUCAUCAGCCCCAGCUGCCACAAGUAUCCCAGUUAUGAUCAAAACAGAACCCAUGAGUCCUACCCUCUCAGCCUUCAAAGGUCCUUCUCAUUCAGCUGGCCCUUCUCAUGGCACUAUAGGACUGUCAGCACUUGGGCGUGCAUAUAGCUCAGCAGCUUCAGUACCAGUUAGUUUACCCAGUUCCCUGAACCCAGCGCUAUCAGGUCUCUCCUCUUUGAGUGCUCCUCUAAACAAUUCCAGUUCCCUGGCUUCCAUUUCCCUCGCCCCACAUGGCUCCUCUGCUCCCAUUGCCCCUGUGUUCAAUGGACUUCCUCCUUUCACAUCUCUAACCAGUAACUUUGCUUUUACUGGUAAUCCAGCACUUACGCCACCCGUCACUCUCCCAGGGUCUUUGUUAGCUACUCCGUCUACAGCUGCUUCAGCCGUGUCUGCCCCUCAUGUGAGUUCCACUGCCGCCGUACUCUCAGGACUCGCCGCCUCAGCAGCAGUCUCUGCUCCACCCUUCUCGCUUAACUUGUCCAGUGCUGUCCCUUCCCUUUUUUCUGUUGCCCAGGGACCUCUGGGAUCAUCAAACCCAUCCUUCCCUGGUUUUCCUGUCUCUAACACACCCUCUGUCACUCCUGCUCUCCCUUCUUUCCCUGGCCUCCAGGCAUCUUCUGCAGUAGCAGCAGUUGCACCGUUGCCGGCAGCUGCCACAGCCCCAUCUCCGGCUCCGGUCCUGCCAGGGUUUGCCUCGGCCUUUAGCUCAAACUUCAACUCUGCACUUGUUGCGCAGGCUGGCUUGACUUCUGGACUACAGACACCGGGAAAUGCAGUUUUUCCUGGUCUUUUAUCUCUCCCUGGUAUCCCUGGCUUUCCCCAAAGUGCCGCACAGUCUUCCUUGCAGGAGUUGCAGCAUAGUGCGGCUGCACAGUCAGCACUACUACAGGCACAUUCUGCUUCAGCUCUGGAGAACUAUACAGCUCAGCCUGAAGGUUUUGCUAACUAUCCAUCAACACCAGGAACACCGUUUUCCUUGCAGACAAGUCUGCCCCAGAGUGGAUGGCAAUAAAUUCCAGACAUUUUUAAAGACUGCAGUGGUUGCUUGACAGAGCCUGAUCCUAUUCAUUUUGAAGGCUGUCUCCAUGUUAGUGGGAGCAUGGUCUGAAUUGGGGAAAGAAGGGGAAAAAGUGAGGGUAAAAUGAUUCCAGGAGGCUGUGUCAGAUGUCAAACCUAAGUUAUGAUUGCAUUUAAUUGAUUCAGGGUCUGAUCCUGUGAAUUGCUGAGCAUCCUUGACUCUCCUUUUAGUUUGUGAGUUGAAUGUUUGCUGUCUUACAGGAUCAGGAACAUUCAAACAGAUGUUUAUGUAAAUAGAGCAGUUGGCUGUCAAACUGAAUGGGGAGAGCAAGUAUACUUAA